GAGAACCACCUGAAGAUUGUAGCAUUUGAUCACCGCUAUUUGAUUGUCAGGGUGGCCACACCUUACUUGCGCUGCUUGAUUGUUGCGGCACACGCCCCUCACACCGGCCACGACGACAAUGUCAUCAAGGAGUGGUGGAGCAAACUGCAAGAGGCCAUCCCUGCCACUCUGAGCGAAUGGCCAAUUAUCCUCCUGAGCGACGCCAAUGCCACGGUUGGCACAUCAACCUCCAAACACGUCGGUGAUUUUCAAUUUGAAGCUUUCAUUUGCCAACAUGACUUGUGGCUUCCGGCCACCUUUGCAGAGUGCCAAUUGGGCCAGGGAGCGACAUGGACCCACACAUCAGGGAGUUCCAGGCGUAUAGACUACGUGGGACUGCCACUCAGCUGGAGCUAUCAGAGAUGCACGACAUGGGUGAGCGAAACAAUCGACCCAACUAUUGUCAGGGGAGAUCAUUCAGCUGUAUGUGCAGAAGUUGUUUUCACCCUGGCUCGCCCUACAAAUGGCUUCACGCCUGAUUGGGGCCAAGCGGAGCGAUUGGCUGUGGACCCCAAUGCCGUUAACUGGCAAGGAGUACCACUAUGUCACUCCCAAUUGGAUGUCCACUCUCAUCUUCAACAACUACAAGACGCUUUGGCCACACACCUGCGCCACCAGCAGAAACAGAAAGACCGCAAGCCGGUCAAACAGACGCUCUCUGAACAGACUUGGGAGCUUGUCUGCACCAAGCGCCAUUGGCGCAAAGCCUUAGCAGACCAUGUGAAGUUGCAGAGGAAGACUUUCCUGGAAGGCUGCUUUGCAGCGUGGCGACAUCAGCGUUCGGAUUUAGGCAGCAGCUAUGGCGAGCUGACAGCACUCCAGGACAAGCUCAUUGCCCAAGCCUUGGCACAGUUCAGGCAUUACGGCCUCUUAGUCACGAAAGCAAUGAGGGCAGAUGAUCGAGCCUUCUUUGAUAGUCUUUUGAAAGAUGGGGCCGAAUUUCUUGAACCUCGACAGGUCAAGCAGCUCUGGGCUGUUGUGCGCCGCUCCCUCCCAAAAUUCCGCAACCGCAAGGUGGGAUACAGUCCGUACAAGCUUGCACACCUGGAAGAGCAGAGUGCCCGCCAUUUUGAGGAUCUUGAGAUUGGACUGCCAACGCCAGCCAAGGCUUUGCUAGCCAAGUGCCUUCAGGACCAAGCUGAUGCAGCAUGGCGUGACUUGCCUUCACAGGUCGCAUUCAGUAGCAUUCCCUCCUUACCAGAGGUUGAAGACGCCCUGAGAGCAACGCAAGCUGACAGGGCUACUGGAUUCGAUGCAGUCAUCUUGAAGAUGUUCAUUUGGGGUACAGAACCCUUGCAGGGAAAGGGAGGUUUCCUCAAGAUGAUUCCCAAGCGGCUCGGUGCAGUGGAGGCCAAGCACUUCAGAGGCAUCCUGCUCCUCCCUACACUAGCCAAGCGAGUGCAUGCUAUGGCCCGAGCCCGGCUUAUGACACAAGCCAGCCGGCAACGUGACCCAGCUCAAGUUGGCGGGUACGCUGGACAACAAGUGGCAUUUGGGGCCCAAACAUUGCGCGCAUUGACCAACAUCUUCUCAGCCUGGGGUAUGAGCUCUGCUGUGCUCUAUGUGGACCUAGCGACGGCCUUCCACCACCUGGUCAGGCAAUUGGUCACUGGGAUCGCUGCCAAAGAUGAUUGGCAAUGUGUGCUUGACACCUUGUACACGGCUGGCACGCCACUUGAGGCAAGCCAAGCAGGCACCCGACCGGGCUCACCAUUAGCCGAUGCAAUAUUCCACCUGCUGAUGACCGAAAUUGCGAACGAGCUCAGGCAGUGGAUCUCUCAACAGCCCUACCUGUACGAGGCCUUCACACGGAUGGGGCUUGAUCCAGUCUUUGUUAUCUGGUCAGACGAUUUUGCCAUCCCAGUUGCCACACCUACGGCCGAUGCUUUAGUGGACAGUGUUGUUGAGCUCACCAAGCACAUUCAUGGAGCUCCCCAAUGGAAGAGUAUUGUGAAGAGAGCCGCUCGCAGGCAUCUUUUGCAAGAAGAGAUCAUGGUUGAUGCAAAGGUUUUCCACAAGCGAAUCCUGCAAGGUCUUCGUUCAGUUGGAGCUACUGAUGAAGAUCAGGCGACAGACGACCGCAGGGAACUACAUCACUGUUUUUGUGGCCGUACCUUCACCUCAUUGCAUCGCCGCAAACAGCAUGGCCUUCAUGCUCCGGAAUAUCAAUCCACCACGGGCGCAACGUGUCCAGCCUGCUUGCGGCAUUUUUGGACCAGCAACCGAUUGGCAAUGCACUUAGCCUAUGCUCCGCGAGAUGGAGGUGUCAACCCUUGUUUCGAUAUGCUCUCCAGAGCCCAAUUUUCAGGUGGAUUUUGUGCCCCGACUGCACCCCCUUCUCAUGCAAAUGCAGUACGUUUGGAUGCUGUUCAGACCGCAGGGCCAUUACCAUAUUUGCCAGACCAUCGCCUACAUCAGCUUGAAGAGUUGAUCACCGAGAUCGACAAUCUGGCAGCCAUGGUGAAUGAUUAUGCCAAGCCGAUAGAUCACAUCGAUCAAGGACUGCAGCUUGGGGAUGCCCUUACAACCUUUACCCAGUGCUGGGUGCGACAGCAUCAAAAGAGAGGCAAUGACUACGACGACUGGGUGGCCUUCGUAUUUCAACAAUGGGGCGAGCACAUCCUGCCGGAGAUCAUUGCCGAUGCCAUGGAUGGGGAGAUUGAGUACGUGCUUGACGAGCAGUUCACGGAGAUGGCCGAGCUCUUUCCGCGCACAGAACGCGUCAGACGCCUGGCGCAUUUGCGACUUCGCAAGCACCAGCUGACUAUGGAGGCACAGCAGCCAUCUCUUCCACAUCGACCAGUUCGACGAGGCACAGCAAACAGCAAAGAGCGUGCAGCGACGAUGCACAAGGUCACCAGCCUUUUCCACGAGCAGCUGCAGUGGCAGACGGCCCUCCGCAGGAUUCAGUGGGAGCACGCGCCUUGCUGCGAGGAUAUCCCGACUAUUGAGUGGCCAACAGGAGAUCAGAGCAAGCCUUGCCUCCUGGCCAUUCACCUGUUUUCGGGCAGACGUCGGGAAGGAGACCUUCACUGGCAGCUACAGCAAUGGACCUCGCGGCUUGGCAUUCGAUUCCUGGUAUUGUUAUGGCAUACCUCGACAGCAUGGAAAAUGAUCGAGCAGUGCUACACCCAUGGUCUUGUGGCCCUCACCAUGGUGGGCAGCCCUUGCGAGACCUUUUCAGAAGCAAGGUUUACGAGCCCGCCACCUGAAGACACUUCCCGAUGGCCGAGACCUUUACGAUCAGUGGAGAAUUUCUUCGGCCUUCCGGACUUCCGGACAUCUCCAACCGUGAACUUCGACAAGCUCAUGUUGGCACCAACUUCUACCUGCAAGGGAUGCAAGCUUUGGGAAGCCACAUCGCGCAUGGCGGGCUUUAUAUCAGUGAACAUCCGGGGAUGCCAACGGAUCCGACGAGACCCACGAUCUGGAGGGCGCCAAUGA